AUGGCAUAUCCACAGCGCCCGGCGCAACGGCCGCCUCCUAUGAGGCAGUAUGACAACCAGACUCCAGUGUCACCUGCCUCAGGACCCGGGUAUGCACCUGAUGCUGGAUACGGCGGUGCAUAUGGAGAAGGAGGAUAUGACUACCCAGACAAUGGAGGUGGAGGAGGGUAUGAAGACCCAGCAUAUAGUUACCAAGCUGGUCCUCCAGGAGCCCCGCCGUACGGCUCGUCGCAACAACCACGCUCGAUGCGCCCGCCUCCUGGACCGGGUGCUCCAGAUUCCAGACGUCCUUCGGCAGGAUAUGAUGACCGUCGCGGGUAUCCUGGAGAACGCCAACCGGGAUCAAGCCGGUCCCGACCUCCGGGUGCCCGGCCACCUCCAGGUGAUUUCGAUAAUCCCUUUCCCUCUGUUCCUGGUGGGAGAGAUCCUCGAGACCGACGCGGUCCUCCGCCUCGUGGAGGUCUAGAAAAGGGUAUGGCGGCAAUGGACAUCAACGGCAGAGGUCCCCCACCUCGGCCACACACAUCCAACUCCAACGGACGACGACCAGAUAUGCGACAGCCACCCCCACGCGGACCACCUCCCAGUCGUGGCCGUGGCGGAUACCCUCCAGGCCCUUCUCGCGCAGCCAGCUCUGGUCGAAUGGAUCGGCCUGAUCGAGCCUACAUGGACCCCAAUGGACCUCCCAUGGGUCCACCGGGUCGAAGCGCAACUAUGCCUCUUUCAACGGGACCUCCCAUGUAUCCCGGUCAAUCAUCCUACCAAGAACCCGAUUAUGCAUCUAGUCCUAUGAGCGAAAUGCCUCCAGCUCGUCCCAAUACUGCCGGUGGCAUGCGAGCUCCUCGCCGCCCUACCAAUGAGAUGGAUGGUGGCCAUGGUCCUGGUCUGAUGAUCCCAGCUGACCCAGGAAGCCGGAUUUCUUACGCACCUAGAGAAUUCUUGGAUAGUUACUACGAGGGCAAUGAGGAUGAACCUGAUAUGCCCAAUUUCGAUGCGAUGCCGUCGCAACAUAAAGGCCCCAUUGACGAGAUGGGACUCGAUACCCCAAAGCCGAUGCAAACACCCACUUCCCCCUCUUCCUCAGCUGGCGGCCAAUAUGCGCCCUACACUCCUGAUUCAAGCCAGGGAACAUCGCGAUCUAGGUCUCAGCCUGAUCUCCGACAGCCUAGCGCUCCCAAUCAGUUUGAAAAUGCUGGCUUCCAGUUCGAUAUUCCUAACGAUGCACCCCCGAUGCCCAUGCAUGGGGGUAACAGUGGAUAUGCGCCGAACGGUUAUGAAGACCAUGGUUAUCCCCCGAAUGGCCAUGCCCCGUAUGGGAAUCAAGGGUACCCCAUGGAACAGCCAUUGCCUCAUGAAGAAAUUCCAAACCCGGAUGCUCUUCCACAACAUCCGAUGCCGGUACCAUUCCGACCAGGGCACGAUCAAGCCGCCAAGCCAGCGCCAGUCCGCCAAUACGGUGCCCCAGCACCUAUGGCUCCGGCACCAGGUCCCGCUCCAGGACCUGGCCCGGCCGCUCCCCAGCCUAUGCCGGCAGAGGAAACGGGGCCCAAGCCUGUCACGCACGAGGAGCUUCAGCAACUACAAAUGAAAGCACGAGGCAACCCCGGCGAUCAAAAGACGCAGCUUUUGCUUGCCAAGAAACUGGUCGAGGCAUCAACCGUGCUCGUGGCCGACAACAACCGCCUAGACCCCAAGAUGAAAGCCAAGGCUAAAGAAAAGUACGUGAUGGAUGCGUACAAGAUCAUAAAGAAACUCGCUUCGACCGGGUACCCGGACGCGCAGUUCUACCUGGCAGACUGUUACGGCGAGGGUCAGCUGGGACUGGAAGUCGAUGCAAAGGAAGCAUUUGCCUUGUAUCAGUCUGCUGCCAAGGCAGGCCAUGCCCAGUCCGCAUACCGAGUAGCCGUCUGUUGCGAGAUCGGCGCCGAAGAAGGUGGCGGCACCAAGCGUGACCCGUUCAAGGCUGUGCAGUGGUACAAGCGUGCUGCAUCAAUGGGCGACACACCUGCUAUGUACAAGAUGGGUAUGAUCAACUUGAAGGGACUGCUCGGUCAAGCCCGGAGUCCUCGUGAGGGUGUCUCAUGGCUGAAGCGAGCCGCUGAGCGCGCUGAUGAGGAAAACCCGCACGCUCUGCAUGAAUUGGCGCUCAUGUACCAGAAUGCGAGCGGCAACGAUAUCAUUGUUCGAGACGAAGCAUACGCCUCACAGCUGUUCCACCAGGCAGCCGAUCUGGGUUACAAGUUCUCGCAGUUCCGUCUCGGUACGGCGUACGAGUACGGCUUGCUAAGCUGUCCAGUCGAUAACCGGACGAGUAUUAUUUGGUACACUCGUGCUGCCGCGCAGGGCGAGCACCAAAGUGAGCUAGCUCUGAGUGGUUGGUAUCUUACUGGGUCGGAGGGCAUUCUUCAGCAGAAUGAUACCGAGGCGUAUCUGUGGGCACGGAAGGCUGCGACCGCUGGUCUUGCUAAAGCCGAAUAUGCGAUGGGAUACUUCACCGAGGUUGGAAUCGGUGUCACGGCCAACUUGGAAGAUGCGAAACGGUGGUAUUGGCGUGCUGCAGCGCAAGGAUUCCCCAAGGCCCGGGAGCGUCUGGAAGACCUCAAAAAGGGCGGCAGUCGCAUGCAAAAGACGCGUCUCUCUCGCUCAGCCGUUAACAAGCAGAGCGAUGGAGACUGCAUCGUCAUGUAA